CUUGCACUCACAGCCAUCAGUAUGUGCUUGGCUAUGUCCAUGGCCACGGAAACUGACUACGACAGACCUUAUACGACGCCCAGACAGCCGUAUCCGAAUUGGCUGAACUGCGGUCAGAAUGGGACGAUAUCAUUUUGCUCGUCCCGUUGCGAGGAGACCUGCAAGUACAAGUCGCGAGGCUGCCCGCCCCGUAUUUGUGGCGGUCCCUGCGUCUGCAAACAAGGCUAUAUUAUUGAUGAAGACCUGCCCGGUUGUGUGCUGCGUGCCGAUUGUCGCGUUCAACAGCUCGAGGUUCCAUCGCACGAGGUGACCAGCCUGGAGCAGUACGGGGCCAACUAUGGUAACUCAUCCUUGCUUGAACGGAAGUUUGUGUCUUUUCAGAAACCAAAAAAACAUAGAAUUACGAUAAGACCGAAAAAGUUACCCAAUUUCGCCGGAAAGCAACGAAAUGGCAAAAGAGUUCUUGCGCAAUAAAUUUUAGUACACCCCCCAAUCGAAAUAUA